GAAAAAAUGUCACCGACAAUUCACCCUCACCCUGUCCCUUACCCACUUCAUCUUUCUCUGGCCACCACCACCACCCAGUAACCUCAUUGACUCUCGCUCUCCUUAUCCCUCCGACUCCCAUCGACACCGACAUCAUGAGUGGUGCUCCAGCCCAGAAGUUCAAGGUCGCCGACAUCUCGUUGGCGGCCUUUGGUCGACGUGAGAUCGACCUCGCAGAAAUUGAGAUGCCAGGUCUGAUGGCAAUCAGAAAGAAAUAUGCUGCAGACCAACCUCUUGCCGGGGCCCGAAUUGCAGGCUGCCUCCACAUGACCAUCCAGACCGCCGUCCUCAUCGAAACCCUCAAAGCUCUCGGUGCUGAGGUCACUUGGUCCUCCUGCAACAUCUUCUCUACUCAAGAUCACGCCGCGGCAGCUAUUGCAGCUGGAGGCACUCCUGUCUUCGCAUGGAAGGGCGAGACUGAAGAAGAAUACGAAUGGUGUCUGGAACAACAGCUAAAGGCCUUCCCUUCAGGGAAAACGCUGAAUCUCAUUCUCGACGAUGGUGGUGAUUUGACCGCCCUGGUCCACAACAAAUACCCCGAGAUGCUGAAAGACUGCUAUGGCGUGUCAGAAGAGACGACAACUGGAGUCCAUCACCUCUACCGCAUGCUGAAGGGCAAGAAACUCCUGGUCCCCGCCAUCAACGUCAACGACAGCGUCACAAAAUCCAAGUUCGACAACCUUUAUGGGUGCAGGGAAUCCCUCGUUGACGGCAUCAAGCGUGCCACCGAUGUCAUGAUUGCCGGCAAGAUUGCCGUCGUGGCCGGCUUCGGUGAUGUUGGGAAAGGCUGCGCUCAGGCUCUGCACAGCAUGGGUGCCCGUGUCCUCGUCACCGAGGUGGAUCCUAUCAACGCCCUCCAGGCCGCCGUCUCCGGUUAUCAGGUUGUCACCAUGGACGAUGCCGCUUCGCAGGGCCAGAUCUUCGUCACCACCACCGGCUGCCGUGAUAUCAUUGUUGGAAAGCACUUUGAGGCGAUGCGCAACGACGCCAUCGUCUGCAACAUUGGACACUUUGAUAUUGAAAUCGAUGUUGCGUGGCUCAAGAAGAAUGCCAAGUCCGUCCAAAACAUCAAGCCUCAGGUUGAUCGCUACACGAUGGCCAGUGGACGCCACAUCAUCCUGCUCGCAGAGGGUCGUCUCGUGAACCUGGGCUGUGCCACCGGCCACUCUUCCUUUGUCAUGUCCUGCUCCUUCUCCAACCAAGUUCUGGCUCAGAUCAUGCUGUACAAGGCCGAAGACGAAGCGUUUGGCAAGAAAUACGUCGAGUUUGGAAAGAGCGGCAAGAAGGAGAUUGGCGUCUACGUUCUUCCCAAGAUCUUGGACGAACAGGUCGCACUGCUCCACUUGGAGCAUGUCAACGCCAAGUUGACCAAGUUGACCCCUGUCCAGGCAGAGUACUUGGGAUUGACUGUCGAAGGUCCUUUCAAGUCUGAUAUCUACCGCUACUAGACGGUUUGAUGUUUGUCGAGGGCUGCCUCAUUGUCUUGUGAAUGAUUGCAUCUUUAUUGGCGUCCGGGGUCAUAUUUCGGGAGAGAAGGUGUUCUAAUGCUCAACGCAUAGAAAGUGGAGAGUCCAGCGGCAUGGUCCUAUUGACCUCCUUGUCCAAAUGGAAUUAUGCACGAAACUCAACGACCUUGGGACGAGAAUUGAUGAGGCAGGAAAAGUUUGGGACGAAGUCAAGACCCUUGAAAUAAUGGGGUGCUUUGAGUCCUUUGUUUCGAGAGUGCUGGUGCGAGAAGAUCUCCGAUCAGAGAUCACAUGGAGAGACACGUCCUUCAACGGACAAUCGCAGAAGCUUCAUCAGCUUCUUCAACAGAUAGAUACCCCGAAUAGAUGUUCCAAAAGAAUAUGAGAUGGUGGAAAUAC